AUGUUCACCCCGAAAACCAGCUUUCUGGCGCCGGCACAGCAGCAACAAGUGGUGACGCAACGGGCACCAGGUGGUGGCGUGGGAGCAAACACUCACCCGGAUCAUGUGAAGAUGCUUCCAAACAACUCGCAGCAGACCAGCAGAACCUACACAACUUCCGGAACCCUGGCUUCGUCCGCAUUCGCUCCUGGUCCUGCGCAACCUCCUUUGUCGAACAAUAACGCCAACCCCCUUCUUCGCGGGAACACGCCGAAUUACGCGACGCGUACGCAGCGCCAGACCACUCCGCAGCAGACCUUCUCGUUGUUCCCGAACGCAGCGUCUAGUGGGAAAUCGUCGAAAGCUGCCAAUGCUCCGUACGGGGAGCGGAGUAUGCCCUCGAAGUCUCUGUUCAGCACGCAUCAGCGUUUUGGGUGA